AGUCGCGUCCUCCUAGCCGUCUAGAUCGCACACAAAUACAUUAAACAGAAAUUCUCUCUCGAGUUGAACUGCCAAAAACUCGGGGGAGAAGCGAGAGGGUAGCCCGCGAGCCGCCGCUAGUAUCCCUAGGAAAUAAUAGGAAAAGCAACAAGUGUUAAGAUGUCGGUAACUUAAUUUGAAUUAAGAUAUGUGGGCAGUGUGGGCCUUGUGGGCAGGCCUAUGGGUAGCGGCCGUGGCCACGCCGCGCCAACCGAUGCAUUUCGAUAAAGACUCUACCCUGAGGCGGCAAAUGCCACAUCCGUUUUGGCAGAAGAGGCACCAGGUGAACGCCGCAGCAGCGCGCCCACCUCCCGACGAACUCAGGGACUUCCAGCAGCAUUUAGAUGCAGUCAAUUCACAGCUGAUGCUCAGGUCUCCCAGGGGGCAAAGGCAAUAUGACGUGCCACAAAUAGAGUGUCCUCUAGCUGAUGACGGAAUGGAACGAUUUGCGUGUCCGACUCCGGAUAGACAAGGCAGAUAUCAUUGUAUAGAUGACCAUGUCCUUUGUGACGGUUUCGUCGAUUGUCCUUCGGGAGAAGACGAAGAUAGGCAGUCAUGUAUGUUCUUUAAAACGACUAAAGCACACCUGGAUGUACUAGCCGACGCGCUACUUCGGUGGGCUCGCGGACGUUAACCCCUUCCCACAUCUAACUAAUCGGGUCGGCCAUAGGCGGAUAUUAAAAAAAAUGUCAGGUCUCUUUUAAAACGCCUAUGACUUUCCCUAAUCUCCCUAAGCGUAUUCUUCAGAGAGCAAAAAGACUUUGCUGGCAGCAGCUACAGACACCGACGCUAACAAAUUCUUCUUCUUUUUCUUCGUUUUAUCAAAAAUUAGGUACUUCGGGAUAUAUACAUUAGAUCGGGUGUCGUACUGCGGCUGGCGUUACAUAAAUAUUUCCCAAAAAGGCAUUCCGAUUUAUGAAAUCUCUCUAUUAGAACGAAGGCCUUAUAAUUUAUUUUUCGUAUCGAACCAAAAUGGUGCUGUAGUGUGGAUUCCGUUUAUUUUCCUCAUACAGAUCUUGUUAGAAAUAAAAAUGUUGAGGUUAUGUUGGUAUUUGUUAUAUUAUAUCACUGUUAAUGUUAAUAAUAUUCUAAAUUAGACUAUUAGGGUAUUGGUAAAUUCUGAUUAGCAAAUGAACAGUGUAUUAUCAUCAGUUUUGCAAUUUCUUAUAAUAUUUGCACGUAUCUAAAAGAAAAAUUUAAAAAAAAAAUCUAGUUAUUAGUAUAAGUGUCCCAAAUAUUCAAUUUUAGCUUUCGAUGUUUCCAUUUCGGCACAUAUAUGAAUUGAGAAAUUGUUGAACUUUGAUCAAAUGUUGAAAUUUCGAGUGAAAUUCGUAGGAGGCUGGGAUAUUGGCGAAAAUAAAUGAAAAUAAACGACUUAUCGGCUUCGGUAGACGAUGUAGUUCGUCCUGAGCCACUGAAGCCGAACAGUUGGAACCGAACGAGUAAAUAUUUGAACCAAUAUUUUUUCAAAACGAUUUUACUCUUAAUUGACAACAAAAAUCGGGAAUGAAAUUUGAAAAAAAGAAAAUAACGUGCUAGUCAGAAGAUAGGUUUCCGUUUGCAAAACUGAAAGUCUGAAAUCUGUUGAAUUUAUUAUUAGUUAGUAUUUUUAAAAUAGAAUAUGAAACCUAAAUUCAAUUCAAAAUAAAAAAAAUAUCAUUGCUUGGUAUAUUUUGAAGGAAAUAUAAACGAUUACGUCUUUUUCGUAAUAGGAGUAUUUAGGUUUCGUAAUAAUUUAGUCAUGUAAUUGAGAUACUGGCCUAUUUGUAGAAAAAAAACAGUCGAUAUAGACGUUAUAGUUGAAAGAAAUUACUGAAACACAAUCAUUUAUCGCCUAGUUCUUCAUUUUUGUUUGUAAUCGAAGGGAAAAUGUUACCCUGGAACUGAAAGUUUACUAAAAUUAAUCUUCAGCUAUAGAAUAGAUUUAUAAAUCUAUUAACACAGUCUAAAUAAGGUUUUUUACAAUGCGGAAUCAUAUAAAUCCCAUUUUACAACUUCCAAUUACAGCAGAUUAUCGUUAAAAGCAUUAUUUAAUAUUAAAUCAAUAGCAGAUACAAUCAUAAAAUUUAUAGGUAUACUAAAUACAUUAGCACAGUUUCAAAAAGGCUCCUGGAAGUUAUUUACUACCAGACUUGGUUCAAAAUUUAAUGAGACAUCAUUUUUCCCCACUAACUUUGGCAGAUUGUCGUUAAUAUAAUUUUAUUUAUAUUAAAUUAAUAGGAGAUAUAAUAUUAAAACUUGUAGGUCUUCUAAAUUUACUAUUAUCAUGUUAACAAUCUUAUUUACUGCGUGGAUUGGGUCAAAAUUCAAUGAGACAUCAUUUUUUCUUCACUAACUUUGGCAGAUUGUCGUUAAUAUCAUUUUAUUUAUAUUUAAUUAAUAGCAGAUAUAAUAUUAAAACUUGUAGGUCUUGUAAAUUUACUAGUAUCAUGUUAACAAGGUUAUUUACUUCUAGGAUUGGCUCAAAAUUCAAUGAGAAAUCAUUUUUUUCUUCACUAACUUUGGCAGAUUGUCGUUAAUAUCAUUUUAUUUAUAUUAAAUUAAUAGCAGAUAUGAUAUUAAAACUUGUAGGUCUUCUAAAUAUACUAGUAGCAUGUUAAAAAGGUUAUUUAUUGCCUGAAUUGGAUCAUAAUUCAAUGAGACAUCAUUUUUUCUUCACUAACUUUGGCAGAUUGUCGUUAAUAUCAUUUUAUUUAUAUUAAAUUAAUAGCAGAUAUGAUAUUAAACUUGUAGAUCUUCUAAAUAUACUAGUAUCAUGUUAACAAGGUUAUUUACUACCUGGAUUGGUUCAAAAUUCAAUGAGACAUCAUUUUUUCCCCACUAAUUUUGGCAGAUUGUCGUUAAUAUCAUUUUAUUUAUAUUAAAUUAAUAGCAGAUAUGAUAUUAAAACUUGUAGGUCUUCUAAAUUUACUAUUAUCAUGUUAACAAUCUUAUUUACUGCGUGGAUUGGGUCAAAAUUCAAUGAGACAUCAUUUUUUCUUCACUAACUUUGGCAGAUUGUCGUUAAUAUCAUUUUAUUUAUAUUAAAUUAAUAGCAGAUAUAAUAUUAAAACUUGUAGGUCUUGUAAAUUUACUAGUAUCAUGUUAACAAGGUUAUUUACUUCUAGGAUUGGCUCAAAAUUCAAUGAGAAAUCAUUUUUUUCUUCACUAACUUUGGCAGAUUGUCGUUAAUAUCAUUUUAUUUAUAUUAAAUUAAUAGCAGAUAUGAUAUUAAAACUUGUAGGUCUUCUAAAUAUACUAGUAGCAUGUUAAAAAGGUUAUUUAUUGCCUGAAUUGGAUCAUAAUUCAAUGAGACAUCAUUUUUUCUUCACUAACUUUGGCAGAUUGUCGUUAAUAUCAUUUUAUUUAUAUUAAAUUAAUAGCAGAUAUGAUAUUAAACUUGUAGAUCUUCUAAAUAUACUAGUAUCAUGUUAACAAGGUUAUUUACUACCUGGAUUGGUUCAAAAUUCAAUGAGACAUCAUUUUUUCCCCACUAAUUUUGGCAGAUUGUCGUUAAUAUCAUUUUAUUUAUAUUAAAUUAAUAGCAGAUAUGAUAUUAAAACUUGUAGGUCUUCUAAAUUUACUAUUAUCAUGUUAACAAUCUUAUUUACUGCGUGGAUUGGGUCAAAAUUCAAUGAGACAUCAUUUUUUCUUCACUAACUUUGGCAGAUUGUCGUUAAUAUCAUUUUAUUUAUAUUAAAUUAAUAGCAGAUAUAAUAUUAAAACUUGUAGGUCUUGUAAAUUUACUAGUAUCAUGUUAACAAGGUUAUUUACUUCUAGGAUUGGCUCAAAAUUCAAUGAGAAAUCAUUUUUUUCUUCACUAACUUUGGCAGAUUGUCGUUAAUAUCAUUUUAUUUAUAUUAAAUUAAUAGCAGAUAUGAUAUUAAAACUUGUAGGUCUUCUAAAUAUACUAGUAGCAUGUUAAAAAGGUUAUUUAUUGCCUGAAUUGGAUCAUAAUUCAAUGAGACAUCAUUUUUUCUUCACUAACUUUGGCAGAUUGUCGUUAAUAUCAUUUUAUUUAUAUUAAAUUAAUAGCAGAUAUGAUAUUAAACUUGUAGAUUUUCUAAAUAUACUAGUAUCAUGUUAACAAGGUUAUUUACUACCUGGAUUGGUUCAAAAUUCAAUGAGACAUCAUUUUUUCCCCACUAAUUUUGGCAGAUUGUCGUUAAUAUCAUUUUAUUUAUAUUAAAUUAAUAGCAGAUAUGAUAUUAAACUUGUAGAUCUUCUAAAUAUACUAAUAGCAUGUUAACAAGAUUAUUUACUGCCUGGAUUGGUUCAAAAUUCAAUGAGACAUCAUUUUUUCUUCACUAACUUUGGCAGAUUAUCGUUAAUAUCAUUUUAUUUAUAUUAAAUCAAUAGCAGAUAUAAUAUUAAAACUUGUAGGUCUUCUAAAUUUACUAGUAUCAUGUUAACAAUGUUAUUUACUGCGUGGGUUGGGUCAAAAUUCAAUGAGACAUCAUUUUUUCUUCACUGACUUUGGCAGAUUGUCGUUAAUAUCAUUUUAUUUAUAUUAAAUUAAUAGCAGAUAUAAUAUUAAAACUUGUAGGUCUUGUAAAUUUACUAGUAUCAUGUUAACAAGGUUAUUUACUUCUAGGAUUGGCUCAAAAUUCAAUGAGAAAUCAUUUUUUUCUUCACUAACUUUGGCAGAUUGUCGUUAAUAUCAUUUUAUUUAUAUUAAAUUAAUAGCAGAUAUGAUAUUAAAACUUGUAGGUCUUCUAAAUAUACUAGUAGCAUGUUAAAAAGGUUAUUUAUUGCCUGAAUUGGAUCAUAAUUCAAUGAGACAUCAUUUCUUCUUCACUAACUUUGGCAGAUUGUCGUUAAUAUCAUUUUAUUUAUAUUAAAUUAAUAGCAGAUAUGAUAUUAAACUUGUAGAUCUUCUAAAUAUACUAGUAUCAUGUUAACAAGGUUAUUUACUACCUGGAUUGGUUCAAAAUUCAAUGAGACAUCAUUUUUUCCCCACUAAUUUUGGCAGAUUGUCGUUAAUAUCAUUUUAUUUAUAUUAAAUUAAUAGCAGAUAUGAUAUUAAAACUUGUAGGUCUUCUAAAUAUACUAAUAGCAUGUUAACAAGAUUAUUUACUGCCUGGAUUGGUUCAAAAUUCAAUGAGACAUCAUUUUUUCUUCACUAACUUUGGCAGAUUAUCGUUAAUAUCAUUUUAUUUAUAUUAAAUCAAUAGCAGAUAUAAUAUUAAAACUUGUAGGUCUUCUAAAUUUACUAGUAUCAUGUUAACAAUGUUAUUUACUGCGUGGGUUGGGUCAAAAUUCAAUGAGACAUCAUUUUUUCUUCACUGACUUUGGCAGAUUGUCGUUAAUAUAAUUUUAUUUAUAUUAAAUUAAUAGGAGAUAUAAUAAUAAAACUUGUAGAUCUUCUAAAUAUACUAGUAGCAUAACCUCGUUAAGUUCCUGCAGAUUAUUUACUACCUGGAUGGGGUCAAAAUUUAAUCAUUAAUUUCAAUCAUUUUCGUACACUAAUUUUGGCAGAUUGUUCAAAUAUCUUCUACCUUAUCUAUGUACCUCAAAUAUAAAUCAAAACAGUAAUUUCAACUAUUAUUACUGACAUUGCCCAUCAAAUCGUUAAAAAAACAGAUCUUCAAUGGAUUGACCUGCCAAUAAAAAUCAAUAUUAUUUUUUUUUCAAUAAUUAUAAUAAUCUGUCAAAUAGCAAUAACCUAUUCAUGGUUAAAGAAGAGAAUAACUUGACGUACUUCCCCCUUGUAUGUUUGGUUGCCAAUAAACUGGCGAUAUCGAUUCAAAUAAGGUAUAGAUAUCCAGGUUAAAUCGACCUUGUUUCUGUGCAAUUCGAAUUGAAAACAACAAAGCAGUUCGGGAAGUCAGUAACCUCUGAAUUUUCGGAAUAUUAAUCACCGCUAGACAAAACCUUGUUUAUCCAACAUCUCUACUUUACACAAGUAGAAAAAAGGAGAAGUAAAUAUUUCGUUCGUAUCAUUUCACAUAGAUAAAAAAGAAAAGCAAAAAAGUGCUCUCCAUAUUAUAAAUGAUUAGGAGGAUCGAAUAAAUUGUUAUUUUUUUAUUUAAAAAUUAUUACCAAGGUCGAACAAAAAAUUCUAUAAAACGUUUUGUCACAUUACAUAUUAUUACGAGGGACGAAGAAAAGGAUCAAUUAAAAAGUAGCAGAAAUAUUGAUCAUACCAAACUAUUACCAGGGUUUAACAAAAAGUUUUGUAUAAUUAAAAAUUAUUACGAGGGAAGAAGAAAAUUUUUCUGAAUUGUUAUUAUUCUUUGACAAUUAUUACAAGAAUCGAUUAAAAGGUUUCAUAAAUAUUGAUAAUACCAAAAUAUUACCAGGGUCGAAUUAAAAAAUUUAUUGAACGUUUCAUUUCAUUACAAAUUAUUACGAGGGACGAAGAAAAUUUUUCUGAAUUGUUAUUAUUUAUUAAAAAUUAUUACAAGGUUUCAGAAAUAUUGUUCAUACCAAAAUAUUACGAGGGUCGAACAAAAAAUUUUAUGGAACGUAUUGUCUCAUUUCAUAUUACGAGGGACGAAAAAAACGAUCAAAUUAAAAUGUUUCAGAAAUAUUGAUCAUAUCAAAAUAUUACCAAGGUUGAACAAAAAGUUUAUGGAAAAUUUUGUCUCAUUAAAAAUUAUUACGAGGGACGCAGAAAAUGUUUCUUGUUAUUUUUCAUUAAAAAAAUUACAAGGAUGGAUAUAAAGCGAUUCAUAAAUAUUGUAUUACCAGGUUUAUGAAAUGUUGUUUCAUUACAAGGGAGGAAAAAAAUGUUUCUGCUCCAUUAUAAAUGAUUACCAGGGCUGAACGAAAUGUUUAUAAUACGUUUUAUUGCCAACCGGAAAUCUGCUUUGAUAAGAUUAUUGGAGGUUAUGUGAUUGAUUCAAUAUUGAUCCUUAUGGACUCUGUUAAUUGAAUUUUGUAUUUUGGGAAUAGAAAUUUCGUUGCCAUAAUUAUUGUUUAAUGAAAUAAGUACUAAGAGAAUACCGUUGACGUACCGGGGCGCUCGAAAUAGUAAUAUCUGUGAUGAUACAAUGAAAACGCUUAUAUUUACCUCGAAUUUAAUUUUUUUAUAGUGAUAUCUUUCAACUAUAAAUAUAAGGGAGAGAAAUCAAACCCUCAAACAAUGAAGUAAUCGAAAUAAUUAUUAUGCUAAGGGUCACCCUGCAUCUUCCCAUAAUAAUAGCCGAAAAAGAAGUUCCAACUGACUUCUUUUAAGGCAUAUAUUUUCCCGACCGUGUUGAAUUGCACAAAUGCACCAAAAUCGCACUACUUGCACCAACGUUUUCGUUUCAAAGUUCAUUUUUAAGGCACAAAGGACGGCUCAGUGGAAAAUUUCAAUGUGAUAUAUUAUAUAGAAAAAAAAAUGUGAAUCCUGCCACGGGACUUCUUAAAACAGUGUUUUUUCAAAAGUGACUCCAUCAUUAAAUCGGUAGACUCCUUAAAUUCGUUAUAAAAGAAUAAUUUAAGUCAAUUUAUAGUCGAAGAAAAAUUAGUAAUAAUGAGAAACUAUAUCAAAAGUAACCGACGCAAUAAUAAUUUCGAAAAUGUGGUUAGUUAUGUUAAGAAGAGACACAAUCACAUUGUUCACCUUGUAACCGAUCACAAUUUCUUGAAAAAAAAAAAUAAAUAAAUAUUACGAACCCGUUUUGAAACUUAAUUAUAAAAAAAAUGUGUUUUUCGUUAUUAAAUACGUUCCAUUAUCGAAAAGUAGUUCCGAAACGGCCGUCGUAUCUUUUAAGGAGUCCACCCUGUAUAAACCACCUGCACAUAAUAUUUAAAAAUGUGAAAAAAAUAUAUUCUAUAAAUCUAUAUAUAAAUAUAUUUAUUUUUUACGUGUUUAGUUGUAAAAAUAAGAAUACUAAUUGUUCAUAUGAAUGUUUAUAUUAUAAUUAAAAACAAAAAAGACACAAUGCACUGAUAUCUUUACAAUUUUCGUAGUUUUCAUUAUAAAUGUCACAAUGCACUACGCGCACAACCCUACGAACUAUUUACGACGAAAUUACCCCUAUUUUUUUCUACAAACAAUAAAAAUAAAAAAUUUGUAUUAUAUAAUUACUUCACGAAAACCCCCUGUAUUAUAAAAUAAUUAAUUCAUCAAGUAAACAUCAAAUUUUUCCAUGAGAAGUUUUUUUUCACAAAAUUUAUCGAUUAGAAAUUCCAAUUAACUUGAAUUUUUUAUAAAUAAAAUUAAUUUAGAAAAAAAAUCUAAUAAAAUUUCUAUAUAUAUAUAGUGACGCCCUCUUUUAUCGAAUAGCAAAAACAAGCCACACAUUCAAAUUGUGACUACUGCACUCCAGUCAAAUUAAAUCACUAUGGUAAUAAAUUUUGAUUGUUACAGGGGUUGAAAGAAAAUUAUAUUUUUCUGAACGUAUAUAGUCCGUAGCGAUUUAGAUAGCUCCCGAUCCCAAUUUCCAUGUUCCCAUAUCCCAUUUUUUACCCGUGACCCAUAAAGCGCCCGCCGAAUAAACGAAUUUAGAUUUCAAAAAAUAAAAAUAAAGUUGACAAAUGUUUCUAUUUACUGACGGCCUAAAUAUUUUUAUAAAUAGAUUUGUUAACUGAACAAUACCUGUUGAUGUUUCCCGAAAUAAAAUAAUUAAAAAAAAAUGGCUCGUCAAUAGCGAAUUUAAUUUCGUUUAUUCGGAUUUGUACUAGCUACUACAUGUACAUGAAUAUAUUUUACUAUAGUGUAAUGAUAAUGUAAAAAAAAGUCGAUAGCUUAGAUGAGAAGAUGCGCUAGAAUGACGCGUAGAGAUUCCGAAAUGGGGUAUCUCUAAAAGUAUGGGGUAACAACUACUAUCUAUCCUGAUACCUAUAAUAUUGUAAACAGUAAACCUGAAUAUUAUAAAUGUACAAUAAAUGCCUCAGCCAAUAAAAUAA